AUGGAUCUGGUAACUGGGGCAAUGAUCCCCCUCCUGCGCAAGCUCGGGGAGCUGCUCUCCGAUGAGUACAACCUAGAGAAGCGUGUCAGGAAAGGCGUCAAAUCUCUACUCACGGAGAUGGAGAUGAUGCACGUCGUUCUCCGAAAAGUGGGUGAGAUGCACGAAGAGAAACUAGAGGAGCAGGUUCGGGUCUGGGCAGGCAAGGUCAGAGACCUCUCAUAUGAUAUGGACGAUGCGGUCGACACCUUUAUGGUGUGGGCAAAGGAGGACAGCCAUGAGCUUGGCCCGAACAAUAUCAAGAACAAAAUAAAGAAGUUCCUGAGGAAGACCACCAAAUUGUUCAGAAAGGGCAAGGCACUCCAUCAGAUCUCCAACGCCAUCCAAGAAGCACAAGACCUCGCCAAGGAGCUGGGUGAGCUACGUCAAAGGUACAUGCUUGAUCUACACACCAACAAUAGAGGUGAUACCAUUGAUCCUCGCCUCAAGGCUGUGUACAAAGAUGUCACGGAGCUUGUUGGCAUUGUAGAUACACGAGACGAACUGAUCGAUAUGUUGACAGAGGGUGACAAGAGUACAAAGCAACAUUUAAAGAUAAUAUCUAUUGUUGGUUUUGGUGGGCUGGGCAAGACAACUCUUGCCAGAGCAGUGUAUGACAAGAUCAAAGGGCAAUUUGAUUGCGGAGCUUUUGUUUCGGUGUCUCAAAAUCCUGACAUGAAGAAGAUUUUCAAGAAGCUGUUAUAUGAACUUGACAAGACCAAGUUCGCAACCAUCAAUGAAGCUAUUAGGGAUGAAGGGCAACUCAUCGAUGAAAUAAAAAUGUUCCUUCAUGAAAAGAGGUAUCUCAUCGUAAUUGAUGACAUAUGGAGUACCACAGCAUGGGGGAUAAUUAAGUGUGCUCUAUCUUGCAGCAAUCUCUGCAGUCGAGUAAUAACAACAUCACGCAUAGUCAGUGUCUCUAAAGCAUGUUGCCUAUCUAUUGAUGAUAUGAUUUACAACAUGAAACCUCUUUCUAAUGAUGACUCCCAGAGACUGUUCUAUAAAAGAAUAUUUACACAAGAGAGUGGGUGUCCUCAUGAAUUGGAACAAGUAUCUAACGAUAUCUUGAAGAAAUGUGGCGGAGUACCACUAGCCAUCAUUACUAUAGCAAGUAUUUUGGCUAGUGACCACCAUGUAAAAACAAAGGACCAAUGGUAUGAUUUUCUCCAUUCUAUUGGCCAUGGACUCACAAAAGAUGCUAACAUGGAGGAGAUGCAAAGGAUACUAUUGUUUAGCUAUUAUGAUCUACCUUCGCAUUUGAAGACUUGUUUAUUAUAUAUGAGUAUGUUUCCAGAAGAUAUAGUGGUCUGGAGAGAUCAGGUUAUAUGGAUGUGGAUAGCUGAAGGCUUUGUCCAUCGUGGAACACAAGAAACAGGAUCACUAUAUGAUAUUGGAGAGACCUACUUCAAUGAUCUUAUAAAUAGAAACAUGAUGCAGCCAUUAUACAUUAAUGAUGAAGGCAAAGCAGAUGCUUGUCGUGUGCAUGAUAUGGUUCUUGAUGUAAUAUGCUCAAUGUCAAGUGAAGAAAACUUUGUUACAAUAUUGAAUGGUACAGAUCGAAGAACACAUAAUCCACACCGAAAGGUUCGCAGGUUAUCAUUUCAGAAUAGCAUGUCACAGCUCACCGGCCCUCAGGUCUCUACCAUACUCAUGGCACAAGUGAGGUCUGUUACUUUCUAUAGUGUGAUUGAUGACCAAAUCCAGUCUGUUUCAUGCUUUCGAGUUCUACGUGUAUUAGAUUUAAGCAGCUCAAAUCGUUGGGCAAGUACACAUGAGGUUGAUCUUGGGUAUGUCAUGAAGUUAGUACACCUGAGGUACUUAGGGUUAAGAGAUACACAUGCUGGGGAGCUCCCUACUGAGAUAGGAAAGUUACAGUUUCUGCAGACACUAGACUUAAGAGGAACACUGGAUAUAAGAGCAACACGAUCCGUGGUGCCAUCAACUAUUACUCGGCUAGGAUGUUUGAUGUGCCUAUACAUUGAUGUGCGUAUGAAAAUGCCGGUUGGAAUUGGAAACUUGGCGUCCAUAGAAGAGUUGAGUGGACUGUAUGUGGACGGUUCUAAUGAAAUUGAGAAGGAGAUAGGGCAGCUGAAAGAGCUGAGGGUGCUCAACCUUCGGUGGCAGGGACGAAAUGAGAGCAUAUGUGACUGUUUGGUGUUGUCCCUUGCCAAUCUGCAAAAAUUGCAACGUCUAACGGUUGAUAGUUAUGGAGUCACAAGGUUUGAUAUCAGCUGGGACUGCUGGAUGCCCCCUCCGUACCUCCGUGCCCUUGUGUUCCGCGGAUGCACCUCCAUGUUGCCUGGCUGGAUUCAUUCUUCUUCGCUUUCCCUCCUAUCCUACCUGCAUAUCUCCGUGGAUGUGGUGCGAGGGAAGGACAUUAAAAUACUUGGGACCUUGCCGGCUCUUUGUCAUCUGAGACUAGAGUCUACUGAAGUUCAGACUCAAUACAUCUUCAACACCGACACUUAUGAAUUCCCAUGUGCAAGGGAGUGUAGAUUCGAGUAUUUCACGACAACACCAUCUAUGUUUCCAGGAGGAGCGAUGCCAAGGCUUGAACUCCUCAAGUUUUAUGCCCGGGCGUCCGACAUUGGGAGUGGUAAGUUGGACGUGAACAUGGCACACCUAUCUUCCCUCAAGCGAGUCGAUGUUGUCCUCUGGAAUGAGGAUGGCAACCCUCUAAAGUUGGAGGAAGCCAAGGCUGCACUAAGGUUUGCAAUUCAGAACACCCAACUAACCAUUGAACCUGACGACAUAGCCGACGGGCGCUAUUCUGCUGCCUCCGACUAUGGUUUCCAGUUCUCGACUUGGCCUGCGAGGCCGGACCUCAACGGCAUAUGGCGCAUCCCAAAAUCAGAUCCUACACGUGGCUGCUGUUACAAAACCGGAACUGGACGCCAGACUGUCUGCUUGCCAGAGGAUGGACACAUGCUGCUCAUUGCUCCUGUCGUGAUCAAGUUCUUGAAUCGGCCGUGCACCUGA